GAGGGGGAGGAAUAGAACAGAAAUUGAUUAUCGUGCGUACUUUUACGUGAAAGAUACAGUGAAAAUUUUUAAAACUUGUCCUACCUUGGCGCCUACAUCAAUGACAGAGGUCAUACAUAAUAAUAAAAGGAUGUAUGAUUAAAAUAAAGGUCAUCACAGUUCAGCUCCUGGGCCCAGGGAAAGCCAGUUAAGGAAUAAUAAAAUACCCUGAGGAUGUAGGCAGGAUGAGAGUGCCAUGCCAAGCCACUGGAAUACUGGGCCAGAAGUCUCCGCUGAAGAAGACCGCCAGGCCAGGCCGAGACCGCCAGGCCGGGCUGAGAUCACCGCCCUGGGCCGAGACCGCCAGGCCGGGCUGAGAUCACCGCCCUGGGCCAAGACCGCCAGGCCGGGCUGAGAUCACCGCCCUGGGCCGAGACCGCCAGGCCGGGCUGAGAUCACCGCCCCGGGCCAAGACUGCUGCCCUGGGCCAAGACCGCCAGGCCGGGCUGAGACCGCCGCCCUGGGCUGAGACCGCCGCCCUGGGCCGAGACCGCCGCCCUGGGCCGAGACCGCCAGGCCGGGCUGAGAUCACCACCCUGGGCUGAGACCGCCAGGCCGGGCUGAGAUCACCGCCCUGGGCCGAGACCGCCGCCCUGGGCUGAGACCGCCAGGCCGGGCUGAGAUCACUGCCCUGGGCUGAGACCGCCAGGCCGGGCCGAGACUGCCAGGCCGGGCCGAGACUGCCAGGCCAAGCCGAGACCGCCGCCCUGGGCCGAGACCGCCAGGCGUCUGAGACUGCUGCUCCGGGAUGAGACCCCCAGGCCAGACCAAGACCCCAGGGCAGGCCGAGACCGCUGCUCUGGGCCGAGACUGCCACUUCUGCUCCUUCAGGCGCCUGGGCCUAAGUGCAGAACCGGAGCCUCAGCCUUCGCUGGUGAGACUGGGCCGGCGGAGUCAGCCCGGGACCUGCUUCUCGCUCGCCAGAAGACCCCGGGCUGGAUGGAGUUGUGCCCAGCUCGUCCUGGCAUUGCUAUCGUCGCUGUCCAAGAAAGGAAAGAAAAAGAGCAAAAGAAAAAAAAGAGAGAAAGCCGAAGGGAGCAGAUCAGCCCCCACCCUAGUCUGCCACCAUCCAGUGGGGUGGGGGCCAGUGCAGUUUUUGGCCCCUGUUGUACCAUCGAGCUCCAGUCUGUGCAAGUUCUGCAGCUCCCUCCUGUCACGGCCCAGUGGCCUCCUGACCCUGGACCCAUCAGCAAGGCAGCCGGAAGCUGGUGGCCUGAGCUCCCGGCUUUUCCCUUGGAGCCAGGGGCAGGUCCGGACGAAGAAACGUGGCACUGAGUACCAGCCAAAGACCAUCAAGAGGAUACGUACUCAUGGCUGGAAGAAGCGUAUCAGCACCCGGGGUGGCAUCGAGGUGAUACUGCGCAGGAUGCUCAAGGGACGGAAAUCAUUGACUUAUUGAGCUUCACGUGAUCUUUGGAGGCAUGAACUGACUGGGAAUGGGCAAGCCAUGCGACCAUACCACACUCUGAAUACCACUGUAUAUACUGUAUUAAACUCUUUUGGUCUUACA